UAAAGGAUAAGACAUUUGAUAAAGAGAGGUAAAAUAAUUAGAGAUGAGAAAUUUUGAGGCGGCAAUGUUGUUAGCAAUAAUAAUGUUGAUGUCAAUGCAAUUCAUGCCCUCAUCAGCACAACAAGAUCUUCCGGGAGAGUGCUGGAAGAACAUCGGAACAUGCCGGAGAAAUGCGACGACGGCGGAGGAAUUCAAGCAGGAGUGCUGCCCGGUCCUCGUGAAAGAGUUGCUUAAUUCCACCGAUUGUUUCUGCGGUGUCAAACAAAUUCUUGAUCAAGAUCCCUCCGUUGCUGAUGGGAUCUCUCAACUUCUCACCAUAUGUAACAUUGGUGCUUCUUUUGAGACAAUAUGUUCUGGUUCCGCUCCAAGUCCCGACGCAACUACUCCAUCAGCUCCCGCUCCAGGUGCCAAUUUGAGCCCCAUGGGAAAUCCUGCUCCAGCACCAGCUCCAUCAAUGCACUGUUGGGACAGCAUAAGGAUGUGCAUUGACGAUAACGCGAAAAAAGGUGAAACAAUGCCGCAGUUUAAUGCUUCAAGCUCGGUGUUUAAUCAAACCGAAUUCCUGUGCUGCCCUCUCGUUCAACAGACAUCAAUGAUCGCUAAGCCAUGUUUUUGUGAUGUAACCACCUUCCUUCAGCUGAAUCCUUCGCUGACGUCUAAUGUGAUGGAGAUUGUCGACGGCUGUGGUGUCGCCGAUUCUGUUGCUUCUCUUAAUGGCUUUUGCGGGGGUGGAGCUCCAAACCAUGCACCAGGUCCAAUGAUGCAACCGCUAGGGUCAGCCGAAAGCCUCGGUGCUAAGAAAUCUCAACACGGUGCUGCUAACAAGAUGGCGGUGGCUGGAUCACUUUCUAGCCUAGUUGUUCUCCUGACAUAUUUCUUGUUUUAGAAUAUGGAUCUCCAUGUAUUUAACUUUUUUUGCAAUGUGUGCAAAAAUGUAUUGGAAAUUUCUUGAGCUUUUCCAACAAAAAUAUGAUUUGUUUAUGUAUGAUUGUUUGGACAUCAUUAUUUCGUAUUUUCUUUUUAGUGAUAUGUAGCCUUAAUUUAGCAGUAGGUUGGUUUCUAACUUUACGAUACGUAGA